UCAAAACUCGACGAGUAACUGCAGAGUCAAAACAAUACCAAUAAAAGAGUGAAGACAUUGUUCUACACGACAGCACACACUAGCCAAAGGCGAGCAACUGUUGACUGCAGCUGCGUUUUCUAGUGACUUGCUUGUCAGCUGUCGAAGGGUGGGGAUUUUUUUUAAUUUAUUUAUUUGGCCUCCGGCAGCUGACAUCCAUUGAGCCAAAGAGUGGGGAUUACCUUGACAGUGCAGCGCAGCCCGCCAAGGAAGAAAAAAAAACAAUGAAGAACUAUGAAACGCACAUCUGUGUCGAUGUACAGUAAUUUCAUUAACUCUCCAUUAUUUUUUCUGUCAAAGUAGACAACGAGACUACAGAAUUGCGCUUCAGUUUCUGCAGUAAACGUAUCACAAAUCUCCACUUUGUUUUUGUGAUUAGUUUUACACCAAAUUUUAUCAGACCUAUGUCAUUGACACUUCUACCUGUACAUGUGCGCAAUCGCGCGCACAUGCAGACGAUACAUUUAGGUUUUUUAAUGGGUUCACGUGUGUAUGGCGUGCGUGCGUGGUGGGGAGAGGGGUUGGAGGUGGUGGGAACUCCCUGCAAGCCAUUCGUUCCAGUUGCAGUCAGGCAGUAGCAGGUCAACAUCAUUGUUCUUUGUUACAUGCUUCAUACUGCUCUUGUCAUCAUGGAUGUGGAGCAACUUAUAAAUGAAGUUAAGCUGCGCCCAGCUAUUUGGGACCAGAGACUGGGCGAAUACCACAAUCGUGACGUAAUUUCCAGUUUAUGGAAUGAAGUGGCACAGGAGUGCUGUUCAGAUGUUAAAACGGCGAAAUCUAAAUGGAAACAUCUGAGAGACAAUUACAGAGCAGAACUUAAGAAACUUGGUAACGUUAGAUCAGGUGACCCAGGAAAAAGCCCACAGAAACGCAAUACCACUUGGCCUUGGUUCCAACACAUGCAUUUCCUAAGGGAUAUUUUAAUUCCAAGAGCAAUGCAGAGUUCGCUGUCAUCAGAAACGGAACCAGAAAGUCAAUCUCAACUAUCUCCAGAAUUUUCGUCUAACGACCACUCUAGUCCACAAGAUGAACGAGAUCAGUCUGAUAUAUCAUCAUUAGCGGCAGUUGAUGAAACGUCGCCACUGGCAAGCACAGUAUCACAAAGGAAAAAAAAGAGAAGUAGUGGGCCAAAUAUUGAAGAAGAAUUUUUAAAGCUCGAAAAGGACAAAUUAGCUGUGAUGAAGGCACAUCAAGACAUGACCCAAAACGAUGAUACGUACCACUUCCUGAUGAGUCUCAGGAGUGCAAUAAACUCCCUUCCAGUUCAGCGGCAAAUGUUUGUGAAACUUAAAAUACAAGAGCUUGUUUAUAAUGAAUUGGAGGCAGGGAGUGCAGUGCCAGGUUCUUCAAAACAAUGA